AUGAGUCCGGGACGCUCUUUUUGUUACCGCAAGGCCCAUUACCUAAGGGCGACAGCCGCUUUCGGUCAAGACGCAAGGUUGAGCUUAAUCGCGGACUCACGUGGAGAUAACCAACCAAGCCCCAGAAGACUGUAUUAUCCACAUCCAUCUCUCGCAAUGAGCCAGCUGCCACCAUCCCCUCCGCCGGAGCCACGGUUGGAGCCUCAACAGCCGGUCCCGCUCACUGCGAGUGUUCGUAUCACCCCGAUCCACGAACUCCUCCCCGACAUCCGCGUGCCUGCCGAACCGCUGCCGCCUCAUCGAUACCAUCCCGUCACCUGCGCGCCGCUCGAUGUCGUCGAACUCAGCUUAGAACUGCAGCAACUUCGAAAGGAACACACCACACCCGUUGCUGCUCUGAAGGCGCAGAGGGAGCUCGCCAAAGAAGUUAAACGGCGGAUGGAACAAACGGAAGCGAAAAUGGACAGUAUCCAAAAGCAGAUGAAGAGGAAGACAGAGGAAAGAGAUACCGAAAGACGGGUAUUCUCGAAAAUUAAGAAGGAGAAAGAAGGAAAGAUGUGAUCGCUUUAAGAUGACGUGUUGCACCCCCUUGACGGCGUUACGUUGAUGCUAUGAUCGAACAACCUACUAUAUUUACGGCGGAGGCAUUGUGCCAGUAGCGUCGCUCAAGCCUGCGAUUCGUUCGGGGUAUGAUUUCACGGACCACGAGCCAUCAAUGCCAUGGCACACGUGGGCCUAUGCAGCUUCUGGUUGAAGUGACAGCUCAGCCAUCUCACCGUCGCAUCUGAACCGCCAGUAUAAUGGCUAUUCCAUAAGAUGUGAAGUGAAAGUCCUACUUGAAGGCGUGAAGACUCGAAAUUCACACAAAUCCUCACCACCAACUGGAAUCCUCCGAGCCUCCAAAUGGAUUGCUCACCACCUAUGCAGACAUCGUAUGCAAGCGGACUUCAGAUCCGAAAUCUGGGAGCGAAUAUCAAAGUACUGGUUGUCGGUUGACGAUUUGAGCGGAUAGUGCAAAGGGAACUUCCAUGACUCGGUUUCUCAUACGCUUAUGGAGUUUCUUUUGUUGUAUCUAUCCAUGUCUCUCCUGCACGUACGCGUUACAUUUUAAUCAUCUCACAAGUAUAAUUUUGCUUUAAAGCAGGUUGCAGGGAAAAUAAAUAAAUAAAUAAAAAAAAAAAAAA